UUCUGUUUGAUUAAUAUUUAGAUAGUUUCAUCACAUUUAUUUCAACUGUUGAUUUUAUAUUAUACGAUUCAACGAUUUGAUUUGUUUGAUUUAAGAUUUUUUGUUUGUUUGUUUGAUUUUGAUUGAUUAUGAAAGAGAUACCGACAGAGUUAGCAAACAAGUUAAAAGCUUGUAGAGCCAACAUAACAUGUCUGACGUUCCGCAAGUGGGGAAAGGAUCGUGUACUAUCGUUAAAGAAUGAAUUAGAUGAUUUACACGAGCAAUUAGUAUGCUUGCUUGAUCCGGAAGAUGAAGAAUUUCCACCUGAUUUAUACGAAAAGAUGAAUAAAUAUUCGGACAAAAUCGAAAGUUAUCUAGAAAGAUUUAGUUCCUUGAAGACGAGAUCACGUGAAGAUGUUACAAUCAAUCGGGAUGAAAAUGAUAGUUCUCAAGAGAAUGAUAUGAUCGAUGGAAACGAAAAUGAUGGAUCUGAAUAUGCUUCGGUCAAUGGUGAUAUCAAUGAUGUUUCCAAUGAAAUGGCUAAUUUGUCGUUAUCAUAUAAACCGAAAAUCCGUUUAGAACAGUUGCCAACAUUCGAUGGUAAAUUUGUUAAUUGGAAACCGUACAAAAGUAUGAUGCUUAAUUUAUUGGUUAAUAAUACGUCUAUUGAUGAAGUAAUGAAGAAAUCUUUGUUAUUGAAAACGUUGUCAAAUGAACCCGCUCGUAUAGUGGGAAUUUUAAUUGGUGAAUUAAAAAGCUUAUCGGUAAUCUGGAAAAAACUUUGUGAUAAAUAUGAUGAUCAUGAAUUGGCCAUUCUAGAAAUUAAAAAUGAAUUACGUAAAAUUCCUAGAAUUGCCAAUGAAAAUCAAACCGAAAAUUUAAAAAUGGCUAAAGAUAUUGUCGAGAAUGCCAAUUUGGCUGUGAAAUUUUUAGAAACUGAUUCUUCUUUUUAUGUCACGAAUUUGAUACAAGCUGUAGCCUACAAGUUUUAUUAUCGGGCACAAAGAAAAAUGCUAUCUGAUAUGGCGAAUUUUGAAGAUGUUGUAAAAUAUAUUGAUAAAUUGUAUAAAUCGGCUUUAAAAUAUGAUUACAACAAAAUUGAAAAAUCCGAUCAACCUACAAGAUUUAAAGAAGAAACGAAAAGAUCGUCUGUUGCUGCUUUUUCAUCAAGAUAUUGUUUCAUUUGUGGCAGUAACCAUCAAGAUAUUUAUGAAUGUUUUGAUAAAUUUGAUUCAAAUACCAUCGCCGAUGUCAUCAAAGGCAAAGGUCUAUGUGUGAUAUGUCUGCGUAGAGGCCAUCUCAGCAGAAAUUGUCCUUCAUUGAUUGAUAAUAGUUGUGAAAAGUGUAAAAGGUUUCACGCUACCGAAAUGCAUGACGUUUUGAAUGUUUUAUAUCAAACUAAACCUAAAGAAACCGCUGAUUCGAUUCCAUCAUCAUCAUCAUCAUCAUUAUCAUCAUCAUUAUUGUCAGAAUUUUCGAUUAAUGAAUCAUUGAUUAGUGAAUCAUCGAUUAACGAAUCAUCGAUUAACGAAUCAUCAAUUAAUGAAUCAUCGGAUAGUGGAUCAGUAGCCGCUAUAUCCCAUCGUAAUUUGUCUAAUGUUUUUGAUAUUGAAAAAGUUGGUCAUCUUGAAAAUCGUCCAAUGAUUUAUGGUAAUUGUAACGGGGUAGUCAGCGUCAUGUUGUUAGACAGUGGUUCCGACAUCUCUUUGAUUGAUCAAGAUCUAUUAUUAGAUGAUACGAAUAAUUCAGAUAAAAAGUAUUCGAUGGUGACAACAUCGCCGUUGGGAGUGGCCAAAACCACCCAUAAAAAGGUGGUUCUGAAAGUUCGAAGCAAUUCUAAUGAAAUUUCUAUCGUAUUGUUCUCAAUCAAAAUGAAUGAAAAAAACCUCAUCAUAAUUGGGACGGACAAUUUAGGAUUCUUUUAUAAGAAUCAACCGAAAGUACUGUCAAUCCCCACAAUUUUUGGUGACAUCAGUUACCAAGCACGAAAGAAUUUAGCAGCUUGUAGCUCAAUUGAAAUGAAUAAUCCAAUAUCUGCUCGUGAGGAUGUAAUAGAUAUUUUUGAAUUGAAAAAUGAUCAAUCAUCAUUAAAACCAGUAGAGGAGUUGCUGAAACUUGAAGCAGAAAAUGAAUUGAAUAUUAGAGAUGAAUAUGAAAAACAAUUGUUGACUUAUGUUGAUAAUAACCAUGCCGAAGAAGUGUUCGAAGCUUCUGGUUAUUUUCUUCCGCAUCAUCCUGUUUUUCGUGAUUCUGCAUCCACACCUAUCAGAGUGGUCUUUAAUGGAUCUUUUGGCUAUGAGGCCUUGAACAAAUUAUUAUGGAAAGGAAAUGCUCAUGGUUUGGAUGUGUUUGAUCAUUUGAUGCGUUUCAGAAAAGGUCAAUUUGCAUUCACAGCUGAUUUAUCGAAAGCGUUCUUAUAUACCAGAUGA